AUGUUCCCGAUACGUGUCCAAAAGAUUAAAAAUUCAUUGCCUGCCCGAGGCAGCACAAGUGGUAAUACCACCGCAACCACUAGUACUCCCCAAGCUGACGGGAACAUGUCGUCCUCGUCAUCUACAAAAAAGAAGAGAGCUCUAUUUCCAUCAUUGACAGAUAGAGAUGAUAUUGAGGACUCUUCUGACUCAAGUCUUACGGAACUCAGCAGUGAUGACGACGGUGAUGGUAAUAAGGAUAAAGGAAAAGCCAAGCAGGAAGAUGACAACGACGAGGACGACGAUGAAAUGGAGUGGGAGGACGUGCUUCAGGCCACUAUUGAACCAGCUUCAGCAGCACCAUCCUCGGCUUUGAGGAUAGAGGGUGAUCUGCAUCUCACACUUGAUGGCAAUCUAAAUGAGUUCUCAACGAAGAAGAAAGGGGCAUCUGCUAAGGAGCGUCAGAUGCGCGUUUUAACACAUUGCCUGCAUGUGCAGUUCCUACUCUUUCAUGGAAGUAUCCGGAAUAGAUGGCUUUGCGACCCGGAGCUGCAGGCUGUGCUGCUGUCACAGGUUACACCGGGCAUCAUGAGGGAUAUUGAAAAGUUUCAUACUCGGAAGGAAAGGAAAUCAGAUGAGAAGGCUGCGUCAAAGGGUGUAACAGAGCCAAUUUUGAAGCUUUUAGGGGUCUUGAUUCACUGGUGGAAAAAGAAGUUUACAAUCGAUAAACCCGGAAUGAGGAAGAAUGGGUAUAAAACGCUGCAGCAGUUUCGAGACGAGAGAGAGGAAGAGAGUGAUAAGUUUGAGUUUAUUAAUGGUAAUAAAGGUCCAAAUGGAGAGGAUAAAGUUACAUUGAUGAAGAAUCAGGGCGAGAAAAUCGAGAGCCUAGAAGAAUUUAGGAAGAUGGCCAAAGAGUGUAGGGGUAGUCGAGACGCUGGUGCUAUCCUUUUUACGGCUUUACUGAGAGCCAUAGGAAUUGAAUCGCGUCUGGUAUUUUCUCUGCAACCAUUAGGAUUUGGGUUUACUGAACGCGAAAACUACACUGGAACCGGCCCAGUUAAAAAAGAAAUGAAGACAUCGCAGAAGAAGGCUGGCCAUGGUGGUAAGGGUAAACACAAGAUAGAACAAUCAAGUGGUGAAGAGGACAGUGAGGAUGAUAGCGACACAGGUGGUGGUUUCAUCCGAGAAAAAUCAAGUUCAUCCCACAAACCUAAGCAACCCACAUUCGAUAAAGACCUUCCAUACCCAAUAUUCUGGACCGAAGCCUGGUCACCCACCACUAAGAAAUGGAUAACUGUAGAACCAAUAGUCCUCACCGUUGUUGGCUCCACGCCAGACCUCCUCGCGAAGUUCGAGCCAAAAGGUAAAGGAGCUGCAGGCUCGAAGCAAAUAAUCGCCUAUGUAAUCGCCUUCUCUUCAAAUGGGACAGCUAAAGAUGUUACUGUAAGAUAUCUCGCUAAAAACUCAUUCCCUGGAAAGACAAAAGGGUCAAGGAUACCAGUUACAGAUAUCCCCGUCUAUGAUUACGAGGGGAAGGUGGUGGAUGCUCGCAAACGGGACUGGUUUGGCGGGGUAAUGAGGGGAUAUCGGACACCUGUAGAGUUGAGGACAGAGGAUGAAAAGAAGGAAGACGAGGAGUUAGGAAAAUUUAUAGCGAAGGAAAAGGUAAAGGUAGUCCAACAGCAGCAGAAGGAAAGUAUCAGCUAUUACAAGAAUAAUCCCGACUAUAUACUGGAACGCCAUAUGAAACGUGACGAGGCUGUAAGGCCGGGGAAAACACAUAUCAAGACAUUCACAGCUGGAAGAGGUGAAAAGGCUAAAGAGGAAAAGGUAUACGCAAAAGACGACAUUGUAUCCUGCAAAACCGUCGAGAACUGGUGGCGAGAAGGCAGGACCAUUAGAGCGGGCGAACAAGCUCUGAAAAGAGUCAAGCCUCGUGCUGCUACACUAAAUAAGAAACGGGAAAUUGAGGAUGCAAAACGAGACGGCGAAAUUGUCAUGGAGGGUCUUUAUAGCGAAGACCAGACAGAGAUCUAUAAUCCUCCCCCAAUUGUGGAUGGUAAGAUUCCACGAAACUCGUUUGGGAAUAUCGAUAUCUACGUUCCCUCCAUGAUCCCACCAGGGGCAAUUCACCUGCCUCUGAAAGGGACUGGGAAGCUAGCUCGUAGGUUGGGAAUUGACUACGCAGAAGCCGUGACGGGAUUCGAAUUUAAAAACCAAAGAGCAGUCCCAUGCAUCGAAGGAAUCAUCAUUGCCUCCGGAAACGAAGAUAUCCUACGCGAUGCAUGGAGAGCAGAGCAGGAAGAAAUCAAGAGAAAAGCGGAUGUAAAGCGUGAAAGGGCAGCAUUAGCACUGUGGCGGAGAUUUCUGAUGGGUCUAAGGAUCGUAAAACAUCUGAGGGACGAGUAUGGGGAUGAUGCUGAAGGUGCUGUGGAUGUGAACCCAUUUACGAAGAAGUCACAUCAUGUCGUAGAGGAACAGCAUCAAGAUGGACCUGUAGAAGGUGGCGGAUUUUUCAGGGAAGGCGACGAGCAGGAUAGUGGUGGUGGGUUCGUUAGGGAAGGCGAGGACCACGAUGAUGGUGGUGGGUUCAUUAGGGAAGAUGUAGAUUCGGGUGGAGGAUUCCUCAUAAACGACGCUGAUGGUAACGAAGGCGGCAGUUUCAUUAGGGGUGGGGCCAAUGAGGGCGGGGGCUUCAUUAUAGAUGAUAACGAUACUGGAGGAGGCUUCUUAAAAGACGCCUCUGAGGAAGCCGUAGAAGAACCCACAAGUUACCACAGCGGCGGUGGGUUCGAGGUGAUCCUCGACGAGGACAACGACCACUCACCCACCAUCCCUUCACCGCAGCCUCCGCAAAACGGAGCCAUGUCUUUCCGCGACCUGAUCUCACAGAAAGGGAGAAACAUAGACCCCGAGUCCUCUUCGUUAGACGAGGAGGAUGAAGAGGAUCAGGAGGAGGAGGGAGAGGAGGACGAAGACGAAGACUACAAUGCACCAACCCCAAUAGUCCGGUCCGCAUACUUCCCCUCUCCCGCAGCUACAGCUCCAGAACCACGAGGACUACACAGAAAGACCGUGAUCGAAGUCCAGAUACCCACUAAAGCCCGACCACCAUUCAAGCCUUCUGAAUACAAAGAAGUCACAGAAGACAGCGAAAAAGACAGGACAUCUCCAGAGUCUGCGGCGUCGGAGGAGAAAAGUAAAGAGCCCUCACCACUGCCACCGCCAAGAAGGAGCUCGAAGCGGAAAGCGGCAGCCGAGGCGGGGAGGCGCCAGAGUAAAUACUUCGCAUCUGCGGACCCCGAAGAUGAUGAUGAUGAGGAGUCCGCCGUUGUCCGGGGGCGUGCUGCGAGGGGUAGGGGUAGAGGUAGGGCUAGGGGUAGGGGUAGGGGUGUGGGGAGGUAA